CAGCUGAUGUUCAGGCAUGCCGCAGGCUCCACAUGACCUGAUACCAAAUAAAAACAGGGCUUACGUGGCUGCAUCUGUCAGUCGAACGAACCCUCAACUUGUCCGUCCACUCUUCGGCUGAGCUAACCUCGAUUACUCAACAGUCAAGAUGAGUCAGCAGCAGUGCUCUGGAUCCUGUUACCUGCCCUAUGUAUAUGGGCCAACGGUGAAGCCCUACCCCAACUUCAAUGCCAACAAUGAUGCAGCUGCUCUGCAAAAAGCCAUCACCACCAAAGGUGUGGAUGAAAAGACCAUUAUCAGCAUCCUGACCAACCGCACAAAUACCCAGCGCCAAGAAAUCAUCAAGUCUUACAAGAACGCCACCUCCAAGGACCUUGCGACAGACCUGAAGGGUGCCCUCUCCGGACACCUGGAGACAGUCAUCCUUGGACUGCUCAUGACUCCAGCCAUCUAUGAUGCACACAUCAUCCGGCAGACCCUGCAGGGGCUGGGAACGGACGAAGAAUGUCUGAUCGAGAUGCUCGUCACCCGCGAUAACCUCCGGCUGAGAAGCAUGGCGGUUGCCUACAAGUCCGAGUUUAAAUCGGACAUGAUGCAAGACAUCGCUAAGGACACUUCCGGGGAUUUCCAAAAACUUGUACUGGCCCUGGCGAAAGGUGCCAGGAUUGAAGACUCAACAAAGGACCAUGACUUGGUUGACGAGGAUGCCAGGGAGCUGUUUGAAGCGGGCGUUAAAAGAAAGGGAACGGAUGUGGGAAAAUUCAUCACCAUCAUGUCCCAACGGAGCUUCUCUCAUCUGAAGAAAGUGUUUGAGGCUUACAAGUCAUACUACCCUGCCGGCAUUGUGGACAGCUUCGAAAAGGAGGUGGGAGGUGACCUGCGCAACGCCUUUGUGUCCCUUGCCAAAGCCAUCAAUUACACGCCUGGGUUCUUUGCUGAAAAACUGCAUGAUUCCAUGAAGGGUCUGGGGACCAAGGACCACAUGCUGAUUCACAUUAUGGUGUCUCGCUGUGAGCUUGACCUGCUGCACAUUCGCACCGAGUUCAAGAAGAAAUACAAGAAGUCUCUCUACUCCGCCAUUGCGAGUGACACCAACGGGGACUACGAGGUUGCCCUGUGUAACCUGUGUGGUCAGGAUGACGUGUAAUCAUUUUAUUGGACACCGUAAAUGAUUCCUCCUCGCCAUUUGUGUAAAAUCAGCUCGCAUUGCUGUUUGAAUUCCCAUUUGAAUGGGCGGAAACCCCAACGAAAUGACAGAAUGAACAUUACAUUAGGUUUCGGCUUUCUCAUUUACAAUCUGCUUCAUUGUAGUGUUGGAAUUUAAUGAUAUCUUAGAGUGUAGUUUUAGUGGCCUAAUCGCAGUUCAAGCAAAAGACUUUGUUGCCUCGGUGUAGCUUGCAAAUUUUAUCUAUAGGCGCAGCGUGUUUUGGGUUUAGUGGAACGAGGUGUAUUUUUUGCCGCUGUUUUUAGGCAUCUUCAAUGCAUAUUAUUUGGGUCUUUCGGUUAAAGUCACGUAGAUAGGUUAACAAAAAUAACUACGACGUUUCGAUCGUCACACAAGCGGUCGUCAUCCUGAUGACCUAUCUACGUGAUUUUACCGAAAGGCCCAAAGAGUAUGAAUUCCUGCAGUCACGAAAGCUUUAAGUCAAGAUCUGCAAUGCAUUUACGCAGACUACUUUUAGAAUGUUAAUUUAGUUACAGGGUUUUAUCUGAAAAGUCGUUGUAGAAUAAUGACAAUUCUCUGCGCAUUAGAAACGGUUAAUGCAGGUGUUGAGGGGGGGUCACAUUAGGACAUACGUGGGUGAGGACGUUUCGUGCCAAUAUAAUUUUUACUUUACCAUUUAUACCUUAAAAAAG